GGCAGAGAGGAGCUGUAGUGGAGAGUGAAUGUGGGGCCGUUUAAACGGGGGAGACCAAGAUGUUCCUCCCAGGGCGCUUUGAGUUACGAGGGGGCGGUGGCAGGGUUGAUCCAUAUGGGUUUGAAAGGCCAGAAGACUUUGAUUAUGCAUCCUAUGAAGCAUUCUUUUCUAGAUAUCUUGUGGUACUUACAAGAAGAGCAAUAAAAUGGUCCAAGCUCCUAAAAGGAAAAAACAGUAUACAGAAGACUUUAAAAGUGAAAAGAUACAUCAGGAAAGGUAUCCCCAGUGAACAUCGUGCAUUGGUCUGGAUGAUUGUGAGUGGGGCUCAAGCUAACAUGGAACAAAACCCUGGAUAUUACCACAGACUGCUUGAAGGAGAGAAGAAUGACAAACUGGUUGAAGCAAUCAAAACAGACAUGAACAGAACAUUUCCAGACAAUGUAAAGUUCCGUAAAAAUGCUGAUCCCUGUUUGCAGCACCCGCUCUACAACGUGUUGGUAGCGUAUGGGCAUCACAAUAAAGCUGUAGGAUAUUGCCAGGGCAUGAACUUCAUAGCUGGAUACCUGAUCCUUAUUACAAAGAAUGAAGAGGAGUCCUUCUGGUUGCUAGAUGCUCUUAUUGGAAGAAUAUUGCCUGAUUAUUACAGUCCUGCAAUGUUGGGCCUGAAAACUGAUCAGGAAGUCCUUGGAGAACUCGUGAAAAUGAAAGUUCCAGCUGUGGCAGAGCUCAUGGAAAGACAUGGAGUCAUGUGGACCCUAGUGGUGUCACGCUGGUUUAUAUGCUUGUUCAUUGACAUUCUUCCAGUAGAGACUGUGCUCCGAAUAUGGGAUUGUUUAUUCUAUGAAGGGUCAAAGAUCAUCUUCCGUGUGGCCUUAACGUUAAUUAAGCAACACCAAGCUUUUAUUUUGGAAGCCACGAAUUUCCCUGACAUCUGUGAUAAAUUCAAGCAGAUCACCAAAGGAACUUUUGUAACAGAGUGUCACAGCUUCAUGCAGGUGACCUGUAAUAGGUUAUUGUAGAAUAGACACAAAGUGAACAGUAAAGAUGCAUUGAUAAAUCUUCUUAGUGACAGAAAAUAUUCUGUUCAGAACAAAAAGGUAGCACCAAGUUCUCAGUUCCAGACAACAACCAAAACAAUGAAAAACACUGAGUGUUAUGACAAUCAACUUCAGUCUUAUGUUGAAGUCUUAUCACAAUCUGCAAACUAAGAAUUACUCUUGUAUAUGAUUUAGAUUAGGUCCCAAAUCUGUAGAGAACAUUAGAUUUGGGACUUAACUGUGAAAGAUGGAAGUGUAAAAGACAUCCCACGAGGUGGCUUUUACCCCCCAAAGAGUUCCAGGCACAUGUCAGCAUUCUGUGUAGAUCUGCCACAGCAGGAUGUCAUUAAUGUCAGAGUUCAUUUUUCUUCUAUAUGAGCAAAAAAUCAAGUUUAACUUACUAACUUGAGUUUUUAAUUGGAAGAGCAAAAGAAAACUUAAAUGCCACUACAGCUUUAGUGUUGAAGGGAGAUGCUUGAGUAGUUUUCCCAUUCCAUAACGGGUUUAGACCAAGAGUUUUGUUCAGUGUUAACUGUCACAAGAAUACCAGAUCAGAGACUAAUAAACACUUUUCUCUGAAUGACUUUCCCCACCCUUCCUCUUCUCUUCAAUUAUAUUACACUUUACAGAAGCUGUUUUUACAAAAUCAACUAUCUCUUUCUUGCAGUUCCCUGAAUAAGGGAGUUCAUUUUAACCAUGUUGGUUACUGUAGUGAGUGUGCUUUGAAGGCAAUUAAAUAAUUAUGGUUAGGUUCUUUUAACUUUAAAACACA